CCAGCUCCAGCGCGCGGGCGGGGUCCGGGGACGGCACCUUUGUUUAAUGAUGGGCGUUGAGCCGGCCCCGGGGCUGCCCGCGGGGCUCCCUAGGGAGGUGGCCCCGCCGUCCUUCCCCCGGGCCGAUGGCGAGGGAGCCGGGCGCCUCUUUGUUCCCGCCGUGUGCGUGUGCGCGGCGCUCCGGCUGCCCGAGUGGGAGGGGAUGAGGGGAUCCCACCCGCGUCCUCGCCGCCGCUGACGGCAGGCGCAGGAGUUGCUGCGGAGCGGAGCGGGUCGGGCAGCUCGGCGCCGGGCAGGGCCCCUAGCGCGGCGACUCCCGGCGCUCCCGCCGCCCGCGGGGGCCGGGCGCUGCCCUCCGGCGGCGCGGCGGAGCAGGUGCCGGUAGCGGUGGUGCCGACGGCGGGAUGGAGGCUGCCUUGCUGAAGCCGGCGAUGAUGGCGGAGGUGAAAGGGAGCGGCGCGGGCUCCGCCGUCAGCGCCGAGCUGGAGGUGAAGAAGCUGCAGGAGCUGGUGCGGAAGCUGGAGAAGCAAAACGAGCAGCUCCGCAGCCGCGCUGCCGCCGCCGCCGCGGUCGCGGUCGCCACCGGCCCGCCUAGCCCGCACCUGCUGCGGGCCCCCGGCGGGCUGCGCCCUGCCAGUCCUCCCUCGGCGGCGGCCAACGCGGCGGCGCCGUGCCUGCCCGGGCCGGUGCCCACCCUGCUGUGCGCCGCCGUGCUGGGCCCGCCGGAGCCGCUCGCCUAUUUCAAGCCCACGCUCGGCCUGCCAGCCGCCGGCGGCGGGGGCCAGGACAUUGGCGGCGGUCCGGGGUCAGCUGCAGCGGCGGCUACCACGGUGCUGGACGAGGUGGCGGUGCUGGAGCUGGAGGACUGCUGCUACGGACAGGACGAGGAUACAUGGUUGUAUAUCUUGCCUACCAAGACUCUCACUCCGCAAGAGAAAUCACUGAGUCCCCUGCAGUGGUGCAGGCGUGUUCUGGAUCAUCCAAGUCCUGAGAUAGAGGCUGCAAAACGUUCCCUGUGCUUCAGAUUGGAACAAGCUAGCCGAUGGCGGAACCUCUUCUCUACACCUGUCUCCUUGGCUUUUCCCUAUAGUCCCGUUGCAAGACUCACCCCAUAUACCAAUGGCUUUAACAGUCCCAGCUUCUCUAAAACCUCCAGUAAAGCAAUACUAACACCUGAACGAACAGGUUACCUUUCUAGGAGUUCGCCUUUGAGCCCACAGUCGUCAAUAGACAGUGAGCUGAGCACCUCAGAGCUGGAGGAUGAUUCCAUCUCCAUGGGAUACAAGCUGCAGGACCUCACCGAUGUUCAGAUCAUGGCUCGUCUACAGGAGGAGAGCCUUAGGCAAGAUUAUGCUUCAACUUCAGCAUCUGUGUCAAGGCACAGUUCCAACGUCAGUCUGCAUGCAGGAAAGAAAGGGACGUGCGCUGACCAGGAGUAUGAUCGCUACAGUCUUGAGGACGAGGAAGAGUUUGACCACCUCCCGCCUCCCCAGCCACGGCUGACUCGCUGCUCCCCCUUCCAGAGAGGGAUUCCCCACUCACAGACUUUCUCCAGUAUCCGGGACUGCAGGAGGAGCCCUACCUCCCCACACUUUCCUUCAAAUACUUAUCAGCAGCCCUACUACUCUCCUCAAGCCCAAACUCCAGAGCAGCAACCAAAUAAGAUUAAUGGAGAUAAACUUCGAAGAAGCAUGCCUAACCUUGCUCGGAUGCCAAGUACCCCCACUGUUAGCAGCAGUGCUGGCUUUGCUAGUUCUCCAGUCACUGUGAGGAACAGUCAGAGCUUUGACUCCAAUUUGCAUGGAGCGAGUAAUGGAAUUUCAAGGUUGCAAUCAUGUAUUCCAUCACCAGGACAGCUUCAACACAGAGUUCACAGUGUGGGACAUUUUCCAGUGUCUGCCAGACAGCCUCUCAAAGCUACUGCAUACGUAAGCCCAACCGUACAAGGUAGUAGCAGUAGUAGCAGCAGCAUUCCAGUGUCCAAUAACUUGCAGUUAUAUUCUAACACUGGAAUCCCAAUGCCAAACAAGACUGCCAGUCAAGGGAUUGCAGGGCGCAGUGCUCUUCCAAGACCAUCACUGGCCAUCAAUGGGAGUGGCAUCCCCAGAAGUAAAAUUGCACAGCCAGUUCGAAGUUUUCUUCAACCUCCAAAACCACUUUCAUCACUCAGCACGAUGCGAGAUGGGAACUGGAGAGAUGGCUGCUACUGAUGAAGGAGACCCAUCAACAGUGGAAAAUAACAUGGAUUUCAUUACCCAGCUGGCUGGGUAACAAUGGUUUGGGAAAGAAGGGUCAUACAGUAUUAUUUCCCCUGGGAUUUUAAUAUGUAACCAUCCAUAAUGCAAUGUCAUUUUUUAAAAAUGAACAUCUUAUCGAGUACUAAAUAUUGCACUUAAUCAGUUACCUGAACAGCUGCGUUGUUGCCAGACUGACAAUGACAGUGUUGGCAUUUGGAACUGAAGAAAGUUCCAGAAUAUUUCCUUGGAAAGAACUAGGAGACAAUGCUUUUGGGCAGCUUUGCCAUCCUGAAAUUCUAAGUUAAUUUAUUUAGUGUAAAGUCCUCAUGUGUUUUAUUUUGAAUUUGGGGGGACUUAUGUAUGUGCUUGAAUUUUUUUCUAGUGUUUCCAGUACAUUUUAUUUUGUUUACUUAAGUUCAUUUAAACUUGCCUGAACCUUGAACAACAGAGAGAUAAUUUAACUUUUUCGUGCCAUAAAUAAUAUUUUUGGGGUAACGUACUUUUUUAGUACUAGGAGCAUAUCUUUCAAAGUGGUAUCAUUGGCAAUACAAAGCAGUGUAUUUGUGUUGCAGAAGCACAAAAAAAAGUAGCAUUCACUGAAAAUUGCCAUCCAGCUGGGUCAGCAUGGUUUUGUUGGUCUUUCACCAUUUGUUCAAUUGUCAUAGUGUUUUGUGUUUAAAACGGCAGCAAAAGUCACAUUGCACUUACAAAGUGGUCUCUAAAACUACAGUUGAUUUUCAGUACUUUAUUACAAAAGAAUGAAAUUGUAACAUUUUAUUAACAGUUGCUUAUGGAAAAUGAGUUUUAAUGCAAAUAAAUUUUUUGAUAGACCUUUUACAAAAUCCAAUUGCACUAAUCAAUGCUUUCUUAUAAUGGCAUAUGACUUAAUAUUUGAUUACAACUGUGUAUACGGCUGUUUUGGAAUGUUUCAGAAAUAAAGAAUCUAUUUCAGCAAUAAA